GCUGAAUCCAAGUUAGGACCAGUUCAGCCCCAAACACCACCUUCUUCAAUUCAGCUCAGCCUAUCCGGAUUGCAGAUGGAGGAAUGGAGGAGCUAUCCCGCAUUCCCUGCCGCGUAUCCUCUGACUCCUCUUCCCGAUCUGCCUCCAUCACUUCCUUUUGCUCGAAACACUGACCAGCAUGUUGAACCCUCGGCUCAAAGCCUCCCCUUUCGAGUCCCUGAUACUAUCCAAUUCCCAACUGUCCCUGAGGACACCAUCAUGGGAAGCCAAGAACAGGGUUUUGGCCCGUCGCUCCCGCAGCCGCCUAAGCACGAGGAUCCCAGCUCUAGCGGGCACUCGAGCGACACAACCAGUAGUUCUUCGGGGUCCAAAAAACCCAGUGCGGAUGACGUUAGAGUGCAGCGUAUGGAUGAUGAUGCGGACGACGCAAAGAAAAGUGAGGAGGAGAGCAAAAGUGAGGGUGGGGAUGAGGGUGAGGAUGAGGAUGAGGGCGAAAGUGAUGACGGGAACGAAGGUGAAGAUGACUUUGACGUAACGUUGCGGACGCCGUAUCGACCUAUUGCGGACAAACAAGAGGACGGUCAUGAGGAAACAAUGAUGUCCGAUGAUUCUAAUUCAAGCCACCCAAGCCGUUCCACUGCGCUGACAACCGCUGAUGGCGCAUCUUCGCUACGCAGCCGUACUUCCUCCGCGUCUUUAAAUUCUCUGUUCUCCACUUCUGAUCUGUCGUCGGUGGCGGGCCAAAAACGAUCCUUCCCUCGUGGCCUAACUGAUAUAGUGAAAAAAGCGAGUGCAUAUGAUAGCUCUGAGUUUUCUGACGACGCACGAAAUGCUACUAUCAGAGGAAGGCGUGUUUCUGCUGUGCCUUAUCGUUUGCCACAGUUAUCCGGAGGAACUUUGGAUGGAGACGACGAGGAUUCUGAUUCUAGUGUGAGUGCGAAUGUUGGAAAUGGGAUCCAUGACAUUGCAGCAUUUGUUGGGGCGAAGAGACGAAGGGUAGCCAGCCCCGGUGCCAGCAGAGGACAUCAUCGACCUGCAAUCCACGCCAGGGAAGUCCGCAGGCCAUCGGUUACCUCUAGACAUGUUCCGGUUAUUGCGAGGGGUAAACCUGCCGUGCAUACGCGGAUUCGUUCUUCGUCCAGGGCAACUAAUACUAAGGUAGUACCUGCCCCCCGAUCGCCGUCUGAACAUCCUCGACGGGGAUCCGGUGAUCCUCCUGCGCCAAAUCCCCGAGUUUUACGCGAAAGAACCGUUAGGGGAAAAGCAUGAACUUUCCAUUCGAAUAUUUGCUAUGGCUCUUGUCUUACGUUUGGUACAGUUUUCUUGCUUUCAGCUCUUCUCCACUCAGACUCAGAUUUGUAUCCAUUGUACUAACAAAAAGCACAUCGACACCUUGCAUCUUCGUAUCUAUUCACGGUACACAUUGUACAAUUAUCAUUGUUAUUUCCUCUCAAUUAGACUGUCGUGUUUGUUGGAUUUGCUUGUUUUCGAAGCUGUUGAUAAUUAAUUCUGCACUGCUUGAUGCAUUGCCACCAAGUGCGCCAGAUGCAGAUCCAUGCGCGUCCGUGUUUAGACACUUAACCGCGGCAUGCUACCUUGCACGUGUAGCAUAGCAGCAAAUUUCUUGAAAGGUCCCUCUCAGUUCUCUACUCCGG